AGAACAAUGUGCUAUUGCUAGUUCUCAGUUCUAAAUCGGCGAAUUACUGGUCUCAAAAGUCGUCUCUUUUUAAAUAUCUUGUGCAACUGGUUUGAUAAUGCCGGAGAAAGAGAAGGAAAAGUUCCUGAAGAAGGCGGAGAGAGCAGCCUGCUGGGAUGCCAAGGACCAGUUUUGGGCUUGCCUGGACAAGGCUGGAGGGGAGAAUCCUGAAAGUGCGUGUAGGGAAGCUAGAAAUCUUUAUGAAAAAUUGUGUCCUCAGUCCUGGGUGACGCACUUUGACAGGAAAUAUCAUUAUGAGAAGUUUAAAGUAAAACUACAAACAGAAGGAUAUCAGAAGCUGGAUGAAAAGUUUGCAAAUAAAGAAAAAUAAUUCUUUUCGUCAGAAAUCUAAGUCUAACUUAGGCCGCUGAGACAGAGAUCAGAUCUUAAACUUGACUUAUAAAUUUCAAGUUUUAUUUUCUGGAUUUGACAAUUUUCAGAGUUGAGUUUUCUUAGCUUAGAUUUAGAAUACUCUAAAUUUUGAGAUCAGCUUAAGUCCAGUUUUCUAGAAUUAAGCUGAGUUUAAAAACUCGUCUCAGAGGCAUGAGCGAAAGAUUUGAGUUCUGAUGAUUUGAUCAAUGUUGUCAUAGAUUAAUUUUAUGUGAUAAAUAUUGUAAACUGUAGUUAGUAGUUAACUCACUUAUUAUUCAUUCUGAAGAAAAAUAAACUAGAAAAUUUA